GCGGACCCUCCGGCUGCCAUACCAAAGGCUGUGGAAAGGCAGAGGGAGGAGGCCAGGCGUCGGCGGGAGAGUCGGGACGGUUGUGUCCCACACCUCUCGAUCUUCUCUCCUUCGCAGCGACUGUUUCGUCCGGUUGUCAGUCGUGAAGGUGCAAGCAUGAAUGUCCGCCAGCAACUCGCCUUCGAUGUCGUUGUGCAAAGCGAAUUCAUGGGCCUCGAGCUGCUCUUCUCGCUCGGGCUUGUGAAUCGGUUCUGUGCGAUCAACUACUACUACUCCAACGCUUUGUGGAGAUGCGCACUCGCCCGGCUCCUGGAAGUACCGCUGGCGACACUCUCGCUGUCGCCUCAAUAUCGCACCUUGGCUGCCGGGUGCUGCUCGUUCCUCAAUCGCACAGAUCCGCGGCCCAGACCCAUCGAGGCUGUCUUCUGGGCAUGGAUCAGCCAGAACCGGAGGCUGUACACGGCCAUGAUGCGACUGACUGAUCGCCGGCGGACUCGAUUGCAAGCCCGCACCGACUGCGAAGACAGGCUCCUGGAGUUGAUCGACACCGUCGGCCAUCACAGCGAGACUGCCUUGGCAUUGAGCUCGGCGUGGCCUGUCGAUCGGGUGCAGCAGCUGCCCGACACACUCGGGCUGCUGGGCCAUCUCGAGUCCCUCAGCAUCAGCCGGAUCGGCCUCGAGUCCGUUCCAGAGUCGAUCGGGAAUCUGGUGCUCCUCCAAGAUCUAUUCAUCGAGCGCACGGGGAUCUCACGAAUUCCGGAUUCGGUGGGGCAUCUUGUCAACCUACGCCGGCUUUUCCUCCAUGGCAACAAGCUGUCGACUCUGCCCCUGGGCAUCGCACAGCUCCGUUCGCUGACGCAGCUCAUCCUGGACAGCAACCGGUUUGCCAAGCUGCCGGGCUUCAUUGUGUCGCUUUCGCAGCUCCGGACUCUGUUUCUCUCCCGUAACAAGCUGACCUGCCUGCCUCCUGAUCUACACAAGCUAACGCAUCUCGAGCGACUGUAUGUUACUGGCAACCACCUGCUGCACCUCCCGGAUUCGAUCGGCGGUUUGGCGUCGCUCGAAAAGCUGUAUCUCGACCACAACCAACUGACGGCGAUCCCCGAGUCGUUCGCCGGACUGCAGUCCCUGACGGCCCUCCACCUCCAGAGCAACCGCCUGAGCCACUUUCCCACAGUGAUCCUGGCCCUAGCCAACCUUCAGGAGCUCCGAAUGGAUGACAAUCACAUAGAUCAGCUGCCCGAGGGCCUCGAAAAUCUUCAGCAUCUAUCGACCCUGUCCCUCAGUGACAACCGACUCGAUAGCAUCCCUGUGGGGCUCUGUGCGCUCGAGUCUCUGUCGUUCCUCAAUCUCGGCCGAAACCGAAUCCGGCAUGUCCCUGCGGAGAUUGGCCGCCUGCAGAGCCUGACGAUGCUGAAUCUCUAUGGAAACCAAUUCGAGGAGCUUCCGGAAUCGAUCGGCUGCCUGAGCUCGCUGAUGUGGCUGUUUGUCGACGGCAACCGCAUCACGCAUCUGCCGUCCUCGAUUUCCGAGCUCAAGCUCCAUCGUCCAUGCAAAGUGGGCAGCGACACUUGAUCGAGGGCAUAGCUGCCUCUGCUUGGCCCGUUGAAUACAGCGCCUCCCCAUGCCAUGCCAUUGGGGGGGUCGUGCGAGCCGACGGCCAAAUCCGUGGCGGUCAUGGCGAUUCAUGAAUCGGAGUGUUGUGUUCCUCGGACGGGAAGGACCCAUCUCCGCCCGCUGUCCCUCCGUCGUCGCCGGACCAACGUAUUCCCCUCGAUUCAUCGCCGUCGCUGUCGCUGUCGCAGACAGGCACAGUCCCGGAUGCACGGACUCAAGCUCCAUGGGCGGUGGUUGACUGCAGCAUACUCUGCACAUGAGGAAACAGGACGCUAUUCCAUCUCGAACAUUCAGCACGGUAUGGCUCGAGUCCAAGAAAGCCGUAUGCAAUAAAGCUGAUCCCUUCGGCAGUAUCCGAGUGAAGGCCGUAGCCAGCGUGCAAUAUUUCGAGGCAGCCAAAUAUCCCCUCGUUCGUGAAACCGCCCGUUUCGCUUCGUUUCGGGUUCACUGUUAUCAC